AUGCAUUUCGCCAAUGUUGCACGUAAGACGGCCGGUGCUGGCGGCCUCUUGAGAACUUUUCGUCCAAGCACAUGCCAGACACGAUCGAUGGCCGUUUUCAGCACCGUGACUGAUUCUCUGGUCUCUCUGCAUGAAAUGAGCAGUCUUCCUUGGCUUUUCCUGGUCCCUGCUACCACUUUCGGGCUCAGAAUGAUAUUCACGCUGCCUCCCAGUAUAUGGCAGCGCAAGAGAAUCAUCAAGCAGCAGGAGCUGCGAAAAGUGGUCCAGGCAACACCGCCCGUGGUGAAACUGCGAUUGGCAGCAGCCACGCAACGGCAGCAAGCCAAACUUCAAACGAGCUCUUUGGGAGCACAAAAACCAGCGCUAACACCCGAGCAGAUCACUUUAUUGGCGCUUAAGGAAACCAGAAACCGUCAAAAGAAACUCUUUGCUGAAAACAACGUCCCACUUUGGAAAAAUGCUAUCUUGCCGCUGAUUCAAGUGCCUUUAUGGGUAUCUGUGUCUAUGGGGCUGAGAAAGCUGACGGAACACAGGCUGAUAGACACCAACUUGACGCCAGCAUCUUCUGCGUUUUCUGGAGGUCAUGUUGACGACUUGAUAAGUCAAAUGGCCACCAUUGAUUUAAGUCUGCCAUUGGACAGUCUUCCCAUGUUGGCUCCACUGGCAUUGGGGCUGCUGGCUCUGAUGAAUGUCGAGAACAAUAGCCGCAUGAUGACCACGACGGCUACGGGGGCAAUGGGAAUCAAGGUAGCACCAAGCCCGAACUCCAUGAUCUCGCAAAGCACGCAGAGUAUUCUGAAUAUCUCAAGAUUGAGUUGCAUUUUCUUCAUGGGCGUUGCAACGCAAGCGCCAUUGCUCUUGUCCGCCUACUGGACUAGUUCUCAGCUCUUUUCGCUGGUGCAAAAUGCAAUUCUGGACUGGCUGUGGCCGUAUCAAAAAUAA